UGACAUUUCGCGAGAUGAACCGCACCAGCGUCCAACUCGCCGCGAUCGAUCGCCGCCUCCGCCGCCUUGCUGCUCAGCCGCUUGCGCUGCAAAACUCCGCAGUGGACCGCGUCCUCGCGGAUUGUCGCUUUAGACUGAACCUAUUGCGGCGAAAGUUUCGCGCUCUCGUCGCCAUCGAGCUGUACGAAAUGCCGGCGUCCACCAGGUAUCGCGCCUCGCAGUGGCUGAACGACGCGCGCACACUUGUCGGUGACGGCCCUGCACACGAAGAUGUUGAGUUUAGCACACUCGACGGCUUCCUCCUCGCCGAAGACGUGGCAUUGCUCGAUGAAUUCGUCGUGCAGGUUUCUCGAUCCCAUCACGUGCUUGACGCAGCGUUUGCCACUGCCUUCCCGUCUCCUUCCGCGAGUGCAGUGGAAACAAACCUGGCGCUUGUCAGCUAGUCCAACUCCGCUCUUGUUAAACUAUUCAAUCUAUUCUCCAUCCGAUGUGGUCGCAAGCA